AUGGAGCACAUUGAAAACUUUGAGAAGAUGUGUGGGUUCACUAAGGCGAAUGGAGUACCACCAGAUUACAUCAAGUGUACCCUGUUCCCUUUCUCUCUCGAUGGGAAGGCUGCUCGCUGGCUAGAUUCCCUACCCACUGGAUCGCUCACCACAUGGGAACAAGUCAGAUCCGCUUUCUUGAGCCAUUUCUACACGAAGUCAAAGACAGCAGCUCUGAGACAGAAGAUCGCCACCUUUAAACAGCUGGUAGAUGAGCCGUUCUGCGACGCUUGGGAGCGAUUUAACGUCUACCGCAGGGAGUGCCCACAUCACGGUUUUGAAGAAGACUAUCUACUCGGAGUGUUCUACGAUGGAGUAGGUUGGGAGUACAGGAAUGCUUUAAACUCAGCCAGUAAUGGAAAUUUCAUGACCCAAUCCACUCAAGGCGCUUUCGCGCUGAUUGAGAACAUGGCCUCAAGCUCAGCUGACAGCAACCGAGAGACUGACCGCACCCAAAAGGUGAACAGCAUCGACAAUAGCAAAAUAGAUGAGCUCUCUGCCAAGGUCGAUCAACUGAUAAAGAUUAAUCAGAACCAUGUCUUCAUCAUGGAAGAAUCCCCUCAGGAUAAAGGAACCACAGACACUACAUCAGAAGCAGACCAGGCGACUGAGGACCAUCAUGAGGUUAGCUAUGUGAAUGGACAAGGAUGGCAGUUCAAGAACUACCACCCGAACCCUAACGUGAGGAACAACCCCCACCUGUUCAACAACCCUAAACCCGAUGGUAACGCAGAAAAUGCUCAAGGCAAUCAGGUUCAGAACAGUGGCUACCAACGGGGGUAUGGAAAUCAAGGAAGAACAUUUGUCCUCAGCCCAGCUCAGAAUACUCAGUUCCACAACCAGAAACAACCGACUAACCAGCAGCCUGCACAGCCUGCUCAAACUGCUCCACAGGACGAGAUGAAGAGUCUUGCCAAUAUGAUGAGCCAGCUGCUCCAAGGACAGCAGAUCCAGGGAAAAGCACUGAAUCAGGUCACAAACGACAUCAAUACCCGAAUGAAUCACAUGUUCAAUGACCUGAGUGCCAAAUAUGAUAAUGUCUCGAGCCAUAUGAGGCAGAUGGAUAUUCAGAUUGCUCAGACUGCUGAGAGUGUGAAAAGACAGCAAGGCACUCUUCCUGGAAAAACAGAUAAAAAUCCCAAGGAGUGCAAUGCAGUCGCGCUUAGGAGUGGGAAGCAAUUAACUGAUCUGGCGCCCAAGAGAUUCACAACAGCUGAAAAGGGGAAGCAGAAAGAGUUAGAACAACCACCAGUAACCGCACCAACAGACGAGGAAGAAGCAGGGCUUCCUGCUAAACAUACUCCGACCACUACAGAGCAGCCUACUGUGGUUGUUCGCCCAGCUGCAGAACCUGCCACACGCAAGGACAAGGAGGAGAUGAAAUGUAGGAAGAUGCUGGAAUACAUAACAGUCAGACUCCCUCUCAUGAGUGCAAUCCAGAUGAUGCCAUCCAUGAGUAGCUUUGUGAAAGGACUUAUUUCUGGAAAGAUAACCGAUGACAGUGAGUUCAUGGUGGUCUCAAAAGAGUGCAGCGCUGUUCUCCAGAACAAAAGGAUCAAGAAACUGGGUGACCCUGGAAAAUUUGUCCUAUCCAUCCAAAUAGGGAGAACAGUCUUCUCAUGUUCGCUAGUCGAUCUGGGAUCAAGCAUCAACCUCAUGCCAUACUCUGUGGCUAAGCGCCUUGGAUUCACGGAUUUCAAACCUACCAGGAUGUCCCUAGUGUUUGCUGAUCGAUCAGUGAAAUCUCCGGUCGGAAUUAUCGAGGAUAUCCAAGUUCUUGUUGGGAACACGCUUGCCCUGCCGAUUUCGUUGUUCUGGAACUCGAGGAAGAGUCAAAGGAUCCUCUGA